AUGCUGAAAAACCCAGGUGCAGUUUUAGUUUUCAAACCCAACACAAAAAGGGAAGAGGGUCGAAAGACUCAGUUGUCCAACAUACAGGCAAGUCGCGCCGUGAGCGAAAUCGUGAAGACGACCUUGGGCCCCAUGGCCAUGCUGAAGAUGAUGCUGGAUCCAUUGGGUGGGAUUGUAAUAACGAAUGAUGGGAAUUCCAUAUUGAGAGAAAUAGAUGUAGCACACCCAGCUGCAAAAUCUCUUAUCGAAUUAAGUAGAUCCCAAGAUGAAGAAGUAGGAGAUGGUACGACAUCAGUAGUUAUUCUAUCAGGAGAAUUAUUAAAUAUAGCAGAAAUAUUUUUAAAGCAGAAAAUUCAUCCAACAAUAAUAGUUAACUGUUACAUGGAUGCUUUAAACAGAAUAGUGAAUUUUUUAGAGUCCAUUGCAAUUGAAAUAGAUGUAAAUAAUGAAGAAAGUUUAUUAGAAGCAAUUGAUUCAUGUUUAAGCACAAAAUUUGUAAAUAGAUAUAACAAAAUUGUAAGUAAGUUAGCACUACAAGCAGUACAAUGUGUAAAGAUCGAUUCUAAUAUUAUAGGGAAAAAAGAAAUUGACAUUAAAAGAUAUGCUAAAGUUGAAAAAAUUCAGGGAGGUGAUAUAUCGGAUAGUUAUGUACUCAAAGGAGUUAUGAUUAAUAAAGACAUUAUUCAUCCCAAAAUGAGAAGAUAUAUAAAAAAUCCUCGAAUAUUACUACUUGAUUGCACUUUAGAAUAUAAAAAAGCAGAAAGUCAAACAAAUGUGGAAAUUUUAGAUGAAAAUACAUGGAAUCAGUUAUUACUACAAGAAGAAAUAGAAGUUAAGAAAUUAUGCGAACAUAUAAUCGAUAGUGGAUGUGAUAUUGUAGUUACAGAAAAAGGAGUGUCAGAUUUGGCCCAACAUUUUCUUGUAAAGAAAAAUAUUAGUGUUAUUAGAAGAGUUAGAAAAACAGAUUUAAAUAGACUUGAAAGAGUAAGUGGUGCUACUAUUGUAAACAGAUGUGAAGAAAUUGUUGAAAGUGAUAUUGGUACCAAAUGUGGCUUAUUUGAAGUUAAAAAAAUUGGUGAUGAUUACUAUUCACAUUUCAUUGAAUGCGAGAACCCUCGUGCUUGUACCAUUUUGUUAAGAGGAUCAACCAAAGAUGUAUUAAACGAAAUUGAAAGAAAUUUACAUGAUGGUAUGAACGUUGCAAAGAAUAUUCUCAUGGAAGGAAAAUUGCUUCAUGGUGGUGGUUGUACCGAAAUGAGAGUUGGUCAAUAUUUGAUUAGUCAAGCUAGCCAUUUUGAUGAUUCCAGAAAAAGCAUAAUGGAGGCUCUUGCAUCUGCUUUUGAAAUUAUACCCAAAAUAUUAGCUCAAAAUAGUGGUACUAAUGUUGUUAAAACAAUCAAUGAGUUGAGAAUAAGACACGAAAAAUUAGAAGGACACAAGCUAGGAGUAGAUGGAAUCACUGGAGAAAUAAUCGACGUUUCCACUGAAAAUAUUUGGGACCUUCUUGCUGUCAAAAAACAAAUUUACAAAAGUGCAGUAGAAGCUGCUGCCAUGAUUUUACGUAUUGAUGAUGUCGUCAGUGGUAUUGGCAAGGACGACAAGUUGCAGAAACCGGUGCAGAACAACUUUGACUAA